CCCAGUGGCGGUGUGUGCGGGCACAGCGCCCCCUCUGGCCGCCCACCGAGCAGCUUCCGCUGUUUACGGCUCGUCAGUGUUUGGCAUAUUAUUAGCUCGUUCUCUAUGCUCCAGCUGCGGCCAGUGGAGGAGGAUGAAUCAGCUGUUGAGAAUCUGGAGCUGAAUCGAGCCGUGGCUGACAAUGACCAUAUCCUGCUGGCCGAGCUACUGUCACAAGAACGCUACAGGAAGUGCAUUAAUCAGCAGAGCGGUUGGGGGAUCCCAGGUACCCCGUUACGCAUGGCUGCAUCCAAAGGUCACCUGAGGUGCCUGCAGUUGCUCCUAGCCCAUGGGGCAGAGGUAGACCCCCUUGAUGUUAAAGCCCAAACCCCUCUUUUCACCGCUGUGUGCGGGCGUUACUUGAGCUGUGUGCUCGCGCUGCUCCGUGCCGGAGCUAAUCCGAAUGGAAGUCACCUGAACAACAGCUCACCCGUUCUCACCGCCGCUCGAGAGGGCGACCCGGAGAUCCUCCGCCAGCUGCUACAGCACGGGGCGGAGGUCAAUGCCAGGUCAAAGGUGACGCUGUGGGCCUCAGGGGUUGCUGUGUGCAGCGGGCCGCUUUACCUGUCAGCCAUAUAUGGACACCUGGAUUGUUUCAAAAUCUUGCUGUUAUAUGGGGCAGAUCCGAACUAUAACAGUCCGGAAGAGAAGGUGAUCGGCAGGGCCACGCAGCAGAAGACGGUCCUAGAAUUGUGUUUGAGACACGGCUGUGGAGUCGAAUACAUUCAGCUGCUCAUUGACUUUGGGGCAAACGUCUACCUGCCGACCCUCAUUAUAGAGAAGAGCACCAAACAGAAUGAAGCUGUUGAGCUGUUGCUGAAAGAGCGAGGGUCUCCAAAGACUCUUGCAUCCCAGUGUAGAUUGGCCAUUCGCAAACACCUGAUACAGGUGAACAAGAUUCAUUGUUUGGACUCUCUGGAGAUUCCACCCAGGCUCAUCGACUAUCUCAAACACAAGCCUAUGAACAGUGCACUGGUUUACUGACAAAACAGAGUACACUCCACUGUGCCUUUACUAAAGGACAGACUCAUCCAUUCACACCCAGACGGGACAGGUAGACCGUACAGACAGAAGAUCAAGACUAAUGAUGUGGAUUUAGUCGUAUGCACUCGCACAGAUGGACUGAUAGAUACACUGCUAACAACCCUCGUUUACAUAUAUAAAGUGUGUUAAAUGUGAACAUCCUCAUAAAUUAAUUUUCUUUAAUGUCCUUCAAAUUAGACAGUGUGAUAUUACCAGAAGUGUUGUUGUAAAUGCUCUUGAACUAUGCAUUGUCAUACAGUCUGUUCUGCCUUUUCAAGAUCAUCUGGAGUUUAUUUUUUCUCAUACUAAAUUGAGCAGUGAUUUUUACUGAAGCAUUAGUGUUUUGUUAAUCAGUAACAGCUUGAUGAAGGAUGUAAAAAUGUUGGUAACUAGCUUAUAAAUCUUAAUAUGAUGUAUAAAAUCCAUUGUGAUGUACUUGUAGCAAUGAAUCCCUUGUUUAGAGCAGAUGGACUCUUCCAACAGAUGCCGUAUAACUUCCAUUGUGCAGGUAGCAUGUAAUGGAGGUCAUUCUGUUUCUGUCAGGUUAAAGACUUCAAAAGAACAUCAGUUCCAGAACGUGUCCUCAGAGAGAUUUAUAGCACAGGUAUUAAAGAAUCUUGCUUGAGAAUGUGCUAAAUGGGAUAUGCAGUACAGGUGUAUUUUAAAAACAUAAUUAUACAUCUGGCCUGUUAAUGUGUUCAUAAAAUUGAACUGCUGAACAUCAGAAU